AUGGGAGUCAGCUGUUUGUCUGUCUCUCGUGCCUUAUUUCUUCUUUCAGUCGCGCGAUCUGUGAUCGCGGGUCCGUAUGUGCUUCAUCAGACCAACAUUGGCUCCGACUUCCUCUCGAACUUCCAGUGGGAGAACAUCAGUGACCCAACGAAUGGAAGGGUGGAAUAUGUCACACAGGAGACCGCAUUGGCCGAGAAUCUGACCUACACAACGAGUGACAGCUUCGUCAUGCGUGCGGACGAUACCACCAGGCUCAGCGCUGACGGUCCUGGACGCAAGAGCAAUCGAAUCAAGAGCAACGAGCAGUACAACACGCAUGUUGCUGUCUUCGAUAUCCGUCACAUGCCGGAGGGUUGUGCCACAUGGCCCGCAUUGUGGGAGGCGGACGACACGGUCGGCACUGCUGCGGGCGAGAUCGACAUUCUUGAGGGCGUCAACGAUGUCGAGCCGGAUAGCGUCACGGUGCAUACCUUGGGCACUUGCACCAUGCCCAGCAACCGCACAAUGCUUGGAACCUCACUAUCGAACGACUGCAGCUCGUCCAAUGAGAUCGAAAAUGGUAACAAUGGCUGUUCCGUCAACGCGCCAUAUACGUCGUCCUACGGUCCCACGUUCAACACCUAUGGAGGAGGAUAUUAUGCCGUGGAGCGCACGGCGGAGUUCAUCCGCGUGUGGUUCUGGUCGCGUAAUGGCACCAACAUCCCGUCGGACAUCACGUCUGGAUCGGGCAGUAUCAAUACCGACAAUUGGGGCAAGCCGAUUGCGGACUUCCCAGACACCGACUGCGAUAUCAGUAAGGUCUUUGGGGACAAUAACAUUAUCAUCGACCUUACGUUCUGUGGUAACUGGGCCGGCGACGCAUUCAAUCCCGCGGGGUGCCCGGGUAACUGCACUGACUACGUCAACAACAACCCCUCGGCUUUUUCGAACGCUUAUUGGGACUUUGCCGCAGCUCGCAUCUACCUGACGUCGUCGAGCUCGAGUUCCAAUUCCAGCUCGAGCGCGAGCAAGAGCAUGAGCGCAACCUCGGUGUCGUCGAGUCAAUCUGCGUCUGGCUCGGUGUCCUCCUCGUCGAAGCUUGAGGCGCAUGCGUCUUCUGCUGUGUCCGCUUCAUACGGCAUCAUGUCUGGGCAGGGCUUCAUGGCGCGGUUGUUCAGUCUGCCAGUGUUCAUCGCUUUGUUUGUGUUGGGCUGUGGAUUCAUGAUUGCCUGA